AGUAAUGGUCCUUUUUGUUUCAGAUCUGAUGAUAAUGAAGAGUUGAGCAGGGCUCCAUAUAAGUGUUUUGGGAGACAUGACAGGAGUUCUGGUAGAGGAUACUUUAGUGGAUCGGGUUCCAGACCUCCCUAUGUUCUCGAGCCUCGACACCCUGAAAAUCUAGGUAUGAUGGGCGGCUUUGAUCAAUCAGGAUCAGGGUCCGGACAAGGAUCACAACCUGAUGGUUAUGUACGUAAGCGUUUCUCAAAUGGGGGAUACCGCGGUGGUCGGUUUUCAAAUGGUGGGGAUCAUGUAAUGAGGGGCAGGCACAGUGAUAAUAACCAGUUUUCUGGUCGGAUGCACAACUGGAGGAGUGGUAACAGGAGGGAAAGACGUAACUCUCCGGUCUUUAGGAGAUCUAGAAGUCGUUCUCCAGUCCCGUGGAACGGUGGAGAUAGAUUAUCUCAUCCUCAUUAUGGGUUUAGAGCCGAGGAGAGGAUGAUGGAGAGCGUGAGGUUUCCUUUUCAGGAACGGUUUCUUGAAGAUCAAGAAAUAGGUUUCAUGUCACCUCCAAGAAACAGAAUGCCGCCGCCGGGAUUCGAUGAAAGGAGGAGCUAUGAAUCUGGAACGAAUCAUAAUAGCUUCAGGGGAAGGAGAUUUGGGCUAGGCCAAAGACAUGAUGCUAGAAGAUCUUUGAGAAGACUGAAUUCUGGUAACAGCAACAAAUUUAUACCUUUCAGAUGCCAAAGAAGAUUUUAUGAUGUGGAAGAUAGCACUGGCGGAAACAAGUUUGAGAUGAGGCAGCAGCAAACUAAGCGGGCUGACGUCACGGAAGAUGGCGGUGAUGAUGUCGCCGGUUCAGGUUUCGCAAAAGAGAGUCGUGGGUGUAACCAAAAACAACAACGGCAACGAGAACAAAGAGGGUAGUGAGAACAAAAUAAUAUAAGAAGAUCUUUUAGGUUUUUCAAUAGAACCUCUCUCUUUAUGUUUGUUUUGUUUUGUGUUGGUUGAUUAGCAUUUUUAUUUAAAAAAAAAUUGUCUAAUAAGAGGAUAAAUAAUGUCAUGACAAUGUUUGUUGCUUUUAUUUAGAGUCAAACGAUGUUUUUGGUUUUUUGAAGAAGAUAUUUUUUCUUCAUUUUUCUUUUUAUGUUCGAAAUUUUAGGGUUUGUAGAUUUCCCUUCUUUCAAAAAUCUUUUUUUUUUAAAUCUUUCUUUCUUUUUUUUUAAUUACUAUUUGAGUCUUUAAUUUGAUUUUCUUCAAUAAAGGCGCAAAUUACGACACUGAAGGCAAAGAAAAAUAUAAUGAGAUAAGUCUUGUGCAGAUUCCACUAAAUAUAGCAAAAACAUAUUCAUUACAUGCAUAUGACUUGAACAUCAAAUGAGUUUGAGGACUUUAACGCCAAAUGAAAUCCGUAAAAAUGUACCAAUGGCGCCAAAUAUUUCAACAACAAUUCCAGGGACUAUCUACGACCUCCAUCCUUAUUAUGUAUACAUUCUAGUCUAUUAAAUUAGUAUCUUAUUUGAAAUUUACCUUGGCAAGUUUUAAAUUUAAACCUAUUUUUUGUGACUUAAUAUAAUUAAAUCAUUUAAGUUGUAGACCAACCUAAAAAAAAACUCAAAUCUAAUUAUGAUAAUAUUUGAAAACUAAAAAUUCACCGCGUAUACUAUCAUCUUAAAGAUCUCUUACUAAUUAUUUAUAUUAAAAUUUUGCCUACACAUAGAAAUUUUUUAAUACAAAGGUUUGUUAUACUUUAGAAGCCAAUAUUUGACAAAUGUUGAAUCCUAUACUAUAUUCUUAUCUAUUUACUCUUCCAUAAUUUUAUAGAUGUCUAUAUAUAUAUAUAGUAGUAUCUAAUCAUAAUCCCCGUAUAUUAUUAUAACUAAUAUUAUCUAACCUUCCUAUUUCCUAAUGUUCCAAACUUGACAUACCAAUGGAAUCUUAUAAUAUAAUUGCUAUACUUUAGUAAAAUGACUAAAUACAGUAUAACAAAUAAAUAUAUGUUACAUACCCAAAACCAUGACUAAUAACAUAACUAUAUAUCGUCUUUAGAUAUUUCCAAAUAUAUUCUCUACACAUUUCAAUUUUAUAUCAGGCAAAAGUAUAUCUUAAUUUUCAAUUUUUCAAUUCAGAAAUGAAAAAAAAAAAUCUUGAUUCAGAAUGAAAAAUUUUCAUCGGGCAUAUCGUUGGAAAUUAAAAUAUGAAUAAAUCAUUGAUUAUUUUUAUGCUAUAAGUUUCAAAAUUUUGAACUUGUGUAUUGUUUGUUUAAAUUCUGAAACCAAAAGAUAUUGCUUUUUUAUAUUAUAAAAAUAAAUUUUGAAAAGCUUUUACCCGUAAAUUAAUGAUAUUGUUUAAACAGAGAAAUAAUAAAUGAAUUUGUAUAGUUCAACAAAAUUUUAGUUUAACGAUUUCAGGAAUGUUCUUAUUUUAUUCAUUCCCUGUUUUUGCUCUUUUUAUAUAUAGAAUAUAUUAAUUACAUCCCAUCUUUCCGGAAACAGUUUAAGAAAUUUGUUCACAGUUUAUUCAGUUAAUUCAGGGAAUUAAUCAUUAUGACUUCAGAAUAUUUGUGCAGCCAAUAUUAUAUGUAAAUAAUAACUAGUCAACAUGAGUCUGUAAAUUCUUUGCUGUAAAAAAAAAAACUAUAUUUAAUAUAUUAAAAAUCCAUUUAACUUUCUUACAAACCGAUAGCAAUAUUCUAAAUUCAUUUAAAUUCCUUAUAAUUAAUUUCAAUAACUACCAAUAUA